GCACAGAAUUUGUGCCAUUUGAAUGCUCAACACUCAUCAACCUGUUGUAUACCUGUUUAUUGAGUACAAUUUUAUUGUCUUGUGAAUUUGGUAUUUGCAGGGAUAAAUACGUUUGAUGAUACACCGCCAGAAGAAUGGUUUCAAAUGAAUGCUGUUCUUCGUCUCAGCUUGGGCAAUUUCUUGUUUUUUGCAAUAUUUGCUCUCACGAUGAUUGGUGUCAAAAACCAGAACGAUAGGCGAGACGCAUGGCACCAUGGUGGCUGGAUUGCAAAGUUUGCUAUCUGGGUCGUUCUUGUUGUUCUUAUGUUCUUUGUCCCGAACAUCGUAAUUAGUGUUUAUGAGAUAUUGUCAAAGUUUGGAUCUGGCUUGUUCCUUCUGGUACAAGUCGUGAUGCUUUUAGACUUCACAAAUAAUUGGAAUGACUCUUGGGUUGAGAAGGAUGAGCAAAAGUGGGAAAUAGCUUUGCUGGUGGUGACUGUGAUUUGCUAUCUCGCCACGUUUGCCUUCUCCGGUGUGCUCUUCAUGUGGUUCAAUCCCUCUGAUCAUGAUUGUGGUCUCAAUGUGUUCUUUAUUGUCUUGACAAUGAUUCUUGCUUUUGUAUUUGCAAUAAUUGCUUUGCACCCCCAGGUCAAUGGGAGCGUUAUGCCUGCUUCGGUCAUUUCUGUUUACUGUGCAUACCUGUGUUACACUAGUCUCUCGAGUGAACCAUAUGACUAUGCGUGCAACGGGCUUCACAUGCACCCAAAGCAGGUCUCAAUGAGCGCCCUUGUGCUUGGGAUGCUCACCACCGUGCUCUCUGUAGUGUACUCUGCCGUUCGCGCUGGAUCUUCCACUACUUUCCUUUCGCCGCCGUCGUCUCCUAGAUCUGGUGCGAGGAACCCUUUGCUUGCUGACUCCAAUGUGGAGGAGGGGAAGGGCAGCAGCGAGGGAAGUGAGCCGCGGCCUGUGAGCUAUUCUUACACCUUCUUCCACCUUAUAUUCGCCCUCGCGAGCAUGUACUCGGCCAUGCUUCUGACGGGCUGGACGAGCGCCACUUCAGAUAGGUCGGAGCUGAUGGAUGUCGGAUGGACGACCGUCUGGGUGCGCAUCUGCACGGAGUGGUCCACCGCAGCGCUGUACAUCUGGACCCUUGUUGCUCCGCUGCUCUUUCCUGACCGGGACUUCUCAUGAGCAUGUCCGUUGCAGUUCAUACAGAGAUUGGUGUGCUUUGAAAGAGCUAGCAGAAUAUCUAUGUAUAUAUGUCCAACAUGCUUGUUGCCUCUGAAAGUACUACCUAGGUUGUAAUUGUGAAAUCGGUGCAGUAGUAGCUAUGCAUGUAUAUGUAAGUGAUACUUUGAAGUUAGCAUUGGUCGCUGACUCACUGUCAAUCUGUCAUGAUGUAUGCAAUGGGGAUAUCAUCUGAAUGGAACUGUUUCGGGGCA